CUAGGGUUUAAAGAGCUUGCCGAGCCCGCCGUGCGCCGGCCGGCACAUCUCCACUACUUUCCGCCAUCGCCGGAGCCGACCCCUUCGUCUCCGCACGCGGCAAUGGCAUUCUCCUUCGCCUCGCCGGCUGCGUCGAACCCUUUCCAGACGCCGGCGACGCCGAAUCCCUUUCAAACACCGGCUCCGGCCACCUCGCAGGCGCCAUCCCUAUCGCCUUCGCCGUUCCAGUUCAGCUUCCAGCAGCAGCCGCAGCCACAGCAGCAGGUGGCGCCGGCGGCGCAACCUCCGCAGCCGCAGCCGCAGCCGCAGCCGCAGAAGCUGAUGCUGUACACGACAGAUAUGAAAUCUGCGGGAUACAGCACCAAGUGGGAGGAGCUGCACGCCGAGUCGCAGAAGGCCUUACUCCAGAUCGAGGACAAGAUACGGGACUACAAAGACGAGUGUGAGAGGUUGGACCAGUGCAGUCGCCUUUAUGACUCCUCAAUCUCAAAUGCCAAUUUUGAGCUUGAUGCGAGUCGCAUUGCUCAGGAACUUGGAGGGACCACCACUGUAAUGGAGAGAGAGAAGGCUUCCAUUCAAGAGUUGAUGAAUGUUGUCAAUGAAAUGAUGUGGAACACAGAAUUUGGUAUUAGGUCAUAUCUGAUGUUGAGGCCAAGAUUCACCCGUCCAAGUGCUGGAGUUGCAAAUGGCGGUUCUUCAAAUCCUUCUGCUGGUGCUCCACCCAAUCAGCCAGUGGUAGAUUUCUACAGUGGAGUCCCAAAGCGUCCUUCCAUUUUUAUGCAGCGCACUGUCAACAAGUUUGAGUGCUAUCUUGCGGAGUGUUGCAAGUGGAUCGGGGAGCUAGAGCAGCUUGUUCAAAUGGAGACAAAUAAAAGAUCAUCAGAUUCUCUAGAAUCUCUUCCAAAAGUUAUGUCAAAUGUGCAUGAUUACUUCAUCUAUGUUGCUUCUAAGGUGGAAAAUCUUCAUCAACAUGUCGAAUCAAUGAAAACUGAAUAUCUCAAUGAACAACGCCGCACCGGCAACGGGAGCGAUCCAUUUCUGGAGGCAAACAGACGAGAAGCAGCUAAACAAGAAGCAGCUGCCAGAAGGGUCCAUCCAACACUGCAUCUGCCUACCCCUGCGCAGCCCACGGCACAGAUCGCUGCACCAGCUACAAGCCAACCGCAGCAACCUUCCUUUCCGUCCGCUGCGACUUCCUCAAGCGCCUUCUCAACCUUUAGCACUCCGGCUUCCGCUCCAUCCUCGUCUAGUCUGUUUGCAACUCCAACAACUCCAGCUCCAUCGGGCAACCUUUUUGGUGCGCCAGGAUCGGCUCAGUUGACCACACCAUUUGGGACACCUUCCACUCCUACGUUAGCAUCGACGCCAGCUCCUGGAUUUGGGACUAGCGCUACAUCUAAUUUGGGUGGGACAUCUCUAUUUUCUACACCGUUUGGAGGUGGAGCUACAGCUUCAGGUUCCAGCUUUGGUGGUGCAUCCAAAGGAAGGUCGAAGCCCCGGGGACGACGCUAGAUGUAAAUGGACCAACGUGAAACGAGGAUGCUCCUGGUUCACUUGACUGCUCCCCUUUCCCUCUAUCCUAUGCAAAAUUUGUGACUACUUGUCGCCAGCAAUUCUAGUGGAGUUUUAAGUGACCUAUUGCAUGACUACUACCUUUAAGCCUUUGUAUCAGAUAUACCAUCGCAUUAGUUGUCAUAAACUUUUAAUCUUUGUGCCCCUUCACAGUCUCUUGCCUGGGUGUCAGGGUGUGCUGUCACAACAUAGGGCUGAACAAAUCUAGAGUUAGAACAUGCCAGCUGGAAUUCCAGUUUCUUCUUUGAACAUGAGCGUUAGCAGCUCGUUCCUUGGUAGACAAUCUCGUUCUUUAAUGC